AUGGAAGCGUCGCGGACGCCGCCGUCGUACGGACUCUGCGUGCCAGCCGGAUCGUACCUCGAGACAGCGACUCCCGUUCUGAUGUGUACAAAUGAUUGCAUGACGUGGGAGUGCUUGGUGAAGCCGCCCCAGAUGCCACGAGUCGCUGUAUGGGUCGUUGUGCAUCGUCGGUUCGCCUUUGGGAUCUUCAAAGGUUAUGGUGUGAUGCGCGUUGGUACGCAAGUGUACGUCACGGCGAGUGCAUGUGCAAUGGAGAACACGGUCAAGCAUUGGGCAGGGACAUUUCGAACUGCGAACGACGCGCCGACGCUCUGCUGCAACGACGAGUUCAUCGACCUGGAACGGCUCGAGCAAGUGAGGCCCUUGUGCGUCAAUGAAGCGAUCGACUUGGCCGAGCCGACGACCACGGCGGACAAUCACAUUCGUAUCGGAUGGACGUCCAAGCCGAAUCGGAUGCGGGAGGCACGGGUGCACCUGGUCGUGUCGGAGUUUCGAGUCUGGCGAGGCUGGAUUCCGCAAGACGUGCUCGCGACAUGGAAACUGCGCGAAGUAAACCACACGCACCCGUACGUAGUGAACUUGGCAGCAUAUUGGCGCCUGAACGACCAGAGCCAUCGUCGGUACCAACUCGACUUGAGCGGGUCGCGCCAUGACCUGCACCUCGUCGGGUUUGACGACGUUCGCUGGGUGCUGCUGCAUCCGUUGCACGUCCAUUCAACGAACCCCGUGCUGCAUCUCCAAUUCCACCAGCAGCCGCUCCAGGAUGUGUCCAUCAUCGGCGAAUCUUCUUCCCACUGUCGACACAUGCGCUUUGCCGUGGACGUCGCAUGCCACGACUGCGUGGCACCCAGUGCAACGAAAACGCACGUCGUUGUCGUACUCGACACGGCUGGACACGUCGACACUGCGACGUUAACCCCCCACGAUCGAGAUCGCACGGCGCUGGCGCUGCAACAGUUUGUUGCAAAGUUGCCAGCGCACACGGACGUGGCAAUUCUCGCGCGUCAUGGCAUCGUUCUAAAGUGGCGCCGCAUGGAUGGUCUCGGCAGGCGGGAAGCGACCAAGAUAGUCAAGGCGGCAUUCGACACCACGCCGACUCGACCACCGUCCAGCGAUCGGAGCGGCGCUGCUGCCGUUGAAAUGGCCCUGGACCUCGUCGCAUCCGAGUGCCACAACGUCGCGAGCACGAGUGAGUUUUGGACGGCGGCAGUCGUUGUUGUCGCCACGCACAGCGACGCAUCGGUGGCCACGAUGGCGACGGCGCGGCUACAGCAGCUCUGGGCACUCGUGCAGCACUUCACGCGAGUGAGCCACGUCGUCCUGACAGGGUCCUCGAGCAGCUUGGACAGUCCUGCGACGCCACAUCCAGCCACGAUAGCACACAACGUCGUGGAGUACGCCUACGCUCAGGACGACAUCGAAUGGGUACUCAGCGACAUCUUGUUCAAAGCGAUGCAUGCCGUGUGCCAUAGCGUACAAGUGCAGAUCCUGUCGACCGGCGACGACAACGUGCAUCUGGAGCUGCACAACGAACCUCCCGGCACAGCCAUCACACCAAGUGCUUCAAGUCCAUCCGAGAUGCAGACUCGUCUCGACACAGCGGUCGCGCUGCACGAGUACGCUGUCGAGAUUGGUGUGAUGGCUGCUACCGAUCGAGUCCACUUCAGCGGGUCGUUUACGUGGACGCAGCCGACACGUCAAUCGAUCGAGGUGCAUGUGCAGUACCGCGUGUGCGGCGCGAUCGUGGUCGCAGCGUCGUUUGUAGCUAUACCGCCCUACGCCAUGGUGAAGCAAUUGACCCAGCUCAUCAUGCAAUCGUCGCCGUCAGGCAAGGCCGCGCCGAUCGACAAGGACCACGAGAUUGCCGCGUGCCGCGCCGACGCACGCCGAGUCGAUACGCUGUAUCACCAUCGCAACGCAUUUCUCGAGCAAUUAAAUGACGUCGACACGAGCAACGCCCAGAAACACUUUGAGCAGCUCCGCGCGGCCAAGGAGGCAUUUCGCCAGCGCUUUCAAGCGUUCGACGACGAUGUUGUGUCAUUUGUUCAUGAGCACGAUGUCAAGAUCCUCGUCGAUGAGUGCAGUCGCGCGCUGCGGCCGCCCAAAGUCGUGGCGAAGAAGGCGAUGCCAGUAUUUGUGUACCAGGACAGCCACUUGGGCGGCAUGGAGAAGACAACAGAGGCAGCGACGCCGCCAGCGCCAUGCGCGGGACAAUGGAUCGAGCCACUCGCUUUGCUGCAAGCAAAAGGCCGGAUCGAAGACGCUGACGUCGAAUUCACAGAGUCCGUGAAAUGCCUGCGGCUCGUGGACGACGAUCUCAAGCGUACAGACAACGUGUUCAUUACGCCGUCCGAGAUCGAGUUGCAACUCGACACGUGGCUGGGCCGUUUGCGAGCGACGCGGCGCGCGCGCACCGACAUUGCACCGCGCUUGAUCGAACACGCUCGUGGCGGCAAGGCCGUGUUGUUUCGUCGGAUGCAGGCGCAUCGAGAGAUGCGUACGGCGUCCGAUGUGAGCGAGAUCGAUCAAGUCGUUCCAGCCGUCCAAGGUCGCUUGGGCGCGCGAAAGGCCACGGAUGCCGCCGCCAUCGACCGCCUUCAGCCUGCGGUGGCAGCCGAGUUGGCCGGGUUUGUCAAGGCCGAGCUCGCGUGGACCCACGCAAGAUUCACCGACACAACGUUAAAAGACAAGCCGAUUCCGCGAGACAUGCUUCCGUUUUCAACGUUUGUGUGGUGUCCAUGCGAUCGACCGAGUGUUCAAAAUGCGCUGCUCGCUCUUGUGUUUGCGCUUCGAACAAGUCGCCAGCGCGGCCAGCCCGAAGUCGCGUUGUGCCCUCCAGUGCACGUGCACGACAGGCCGUUGUGGCUACAACAGGAGCAGCUCCCCCAAGACAUGGAGGGCGUCGACGACAUCGUGGCGGCGCAGCAGACGCUCCUGGCGGAUGCGUGGCGCCUGUGCGGCCAAGUUUUGUUCGUGACGGGCAGCUUUCUGACGUCCACCACCGCACUGGAUGACGCCGUGACCCAUGCCAUCGCGAUGAAAAAGCACGUGUGGCACAUUCAGUUGGACGCACGAGCCGCUUCCAUCGUGCGUCAAACAAGCCUUCCAGCUCCUGUGAACACGACCAUGCUCGAUGUCGACGCCACGUUUGUCUGCGACGAUUGCCGCUCCCUUCGGCCCGAGACCCUCGUGGCCUCGCCUUGCCACCAAUGCACAUUCCGUCGGCCGCAGGACAAUCCAGCGUUCGCUGCGCUCGUGUCAGAGGUGGCCUCCAUGUUGCAGCAACCUGUCCCGCACGGGUUGCAAUCGCCGCCGCCGUCGACGCGGCUGACGCAGUUGGCGCCCGCGCUGUACCAGCUCCGAAAAUCACACGCCGAGCGCCAGUGGCUCCACAACAAGGCAGCGCACGCCGACCUUGCAGCAGCUCGUGUCGCUGGCGUCGUCGAGUUUGAACGGCACGUGUUCGACCGGUAUGCCCAAGACGUCGACGACCUCGUAACCAUCCAAGCGUCCUUACAACAGCUGAAGCAAGCCAAACAGCGACACAGCAGGAGCACAGUGGUGGGCUUCGACGUGCAGUGCGCCGGCCUCGGGGUCGCGCUGGCCACCACUACGUCUCGCAUCGCUUGGUUGCGUGACCAGAUGCUGUGUCUGGAAGAAGAUGCCGUCGGGCGCAUGCAGCGGGCAACGGACCUUGCCGCCGGGACCUUGCUUCCCUACCGCGCGCUCAUCAAAUCGCUCCAGGAACUGUGUGGGCAGUACACAGCCGUGAACGACCAGUGCUACGCCGCGCUGCAGGACUCGAUCGUCCACGAGGCCGAGAUUGCGUUCGUGAAGCAGCUCACCGACCUGGAACAGGCCCAAGACGCGAUCGUGACGUCGUGCAUCUCGUCAUGGGAGUUGCAAGUCGCGUCGAUGCUGGAAACGAUCACGGCAGCCGCGCCGGCGGAAGAUGCACACAAGUUGUUCAGUGCGGCAAUGGCGCCAGUGUUUACGUUUGUGCCGUCGGUGGCCCCGUGCAACUUUGACGGCGAGUGGCUGCAGCGCGCCGUGACGGACCUCCAAGUCCACGAAAAGCACGUCCUCGACCGGAUCGAGGACGGCUUUGUGCAUGCCAAGCACCUCGACAGCAUCCGAGCCCACGCAACCCAACUCGACGCGGCCAAGGCACGGUUUGAAGCGACGUACGGCGUUCGGUCGGAUGUUGCGGCGGAGGCCAUUCCGCUCGACGUGCCAUGCGCCAUCCUCCGCGACGUGGCAUGGACGCGACCCGAUCAAGCGAUGGACGUCGAGGAAGCGUGGGCCUCGAUACACGCGAUGGCCGCCCGCGUUCAAGACGAAACGAUGGACCGUCGCAAAAAGUACUUGCACAGUCGGUGCUGCAUCUUGUUUUUGCAGGUGAGGCGCCAAGCGGCGUAUUCCCAACAAGCGAGUAAAGCUGACGAGGUGUAG